AGCACGGAGCAAAGGCGGAGACUAAGAGCUGGAGCUGUAGGGUAGUGAACGCGAGCCCUGCAGCCUAGCGCCCAGGACUGUUCCGCGUGAGAACUGGCGGUGGACGAGGCCGCAGGAGCGCGGCGCUUCCGCCAUGUUUUGUGAAAAAGCUAUGGAGCUGGUCCGCGAGCUGCACCGCGCCCCCGAAGGGCAGCUGCCCGCUUUCAACGAGGAUGGAAUCAGACAAGUUCUGGAGGAAAUGAAAGCUUUAUAUGAACAAAACCAGUCUGAUGUGAAUGAAGCCAGGUCAGACGGACGAAGUGAUCUGAUACCAACCAUCAAAUUUCGGCACUGCUCUCUGUUGAGAAACCGACGCUGCACUGUAGCAUACCUGUAUGACCGGCUGCUUCGAAUCCGAGCCCUCAGGUGGGAAUAUGGCAGCGUCCUGCCGAGUGCUUUACGGUUCCACAUGUCUGCUGAGGAAAUGGAGUGGUUCAAUCAGUACAAAAAGUCCCUUGCCACUUACAUGAGGUCCCUGGGAGGAGCUGAAGGUCUGGACAUCACGCAAGACAUGAAGCCACCAAAAAGCCUAUACAUUGAAGUGCGGUGUCUGAAAGACUACGGAGAAUUUGAAGUUGAUGAUGGCACUUCAGUCCUGCUAAAAAAAAAUAGCCAGCACUUUUUGCCUCGAUGGAAGUGUGAGCAGCUGAUCAGACAAGGAGUCCUGGAGCACGUCCUGUCGUGACCACAUAUGGGCCUGCACGGUGCUGCCCCCUCCCCGCUGUGGCGCUGAACCUGGAUCAUGGAAACGUCUACACCUUGGGCUCCCUGCCCUGCCCACAGCAACAGAAAGCUGACUACCCUGAGUUAAACCUCAGCCCCAGUCUUUAUUUGAAAUGAAUGUAUACUAGCAAAAGAUUUGAAAGUGUGGAGUCUGUAUCA